AUGUUAAUAUACGUCUGUAUUUUAGAUGAAUUAAAAAAAAGAGCAAUGGGUUCGAAUCAAACUGUACUAUUGGAACAAGAUAUUGUUCGAGAUAUAUGUGAAGAAACAGGUUUUACAUCCAAACAAGUUCAACGACUUUAUGGACGUUUUAAAGCAUUAGAAAAACAAGGAGUCGAUGGUUAUUUAACGCGAGAAAGUUUAAUGUCCAUUCCGGAAGUUAGUAUUAAUCCACUUGGAGAACGAUUAGUUGAUGUUAUCAUACAAGAUCAUGGCGAAGCAAAUAAAAUUGAUUUUCAACAAUUUGUUAGAAUGUUGGCAAGAUUUCGACGUGGUAAAGCCAAUACACAAUAUAAUACAAAAGAGAAAAAAUUAAGAUUUUUAUUUAGUAUGUAUGAUCGAAAUCAUGACAGUAAGAUUGAUCGAAAUGAAUUACUUGAAAUAUUGAAAAUGAUGGUUGGUGGAAAUAUUCAUGAUGAACAAAUUGCAACAAUAGCUGAUCAUACAAUCGGAGAAUUGGAUAGUGAUGGCGAUUUAUCAAUUACAUUCGAAGAAUUUUGUGAAACAUUACAACGAAUUGAUGUAGAUGAAAAAAUGUCGAUGAAAUUUUUAAGUUAA